AUGUCGAAACGUAACAAUGAAGGCGAAGUCUUGUCGAAUAAGAUUGCUGUAGGCCUCGCAAAAUUCCAGCAAGAGCACUUUGCAUCGCUAUUUGGAAGCAGUGCGUCUGCAGUACCAGAAUCACAUGAUGAUAAACAUGUUGAGCAGGCCAGCAUUGCGGAUCUGAGGGGAGAUGGAGAUGACGAAGGGUUCGGGCUCGGGGCGAUAGUGCCCAAGGACGUGCAAGAUGGCAGCUUCACCAACCGCAUACCAACCUCACACGAGAAGUUACUCGAGAAUCUGAUAGGCAAGAAAGCUGCCAAGGCGCACUUGGCUGCGAAACAGAAACACGCUGCGCCGGUCAAGCCACCAAAACCUGUUAAGCCUGACCCAACCAAGGUGGAAAGCGACGAAGAGGAGGGACGAGCAUCUUCGUUCAGAUCUAAGCGUCAGAGACAAGCCAAGCCAUUGUCGGCUAAGCAAGAAGAAAGUGACGACGAGGACGAGGAAUCAAGGGCGUUGAGUGUCCGAUCAAAGAAACUGAAGAUCAACGAACAGCCACAGGAUAUAGUCGAGAAAGACGUAACCAAGGUGAACGGGCCCGAUGACGAGCUUGCUGAGGAGAACUUCGAAAACAAUAAAAAGGAUGUGCCACUUUCACGGCCACCGAAGGCCAAGCCAAAGAGUUACCUGGAUGAGAUUCUCGGCGAGAAGGCCAAGAAGAAGAGGAAGAAGAAUGCGAAAUGA